AUGACAAAACAAGAGAGAAGUGGACUAGCUGUAGGGCUUAAUCGUGGCCAUAAAACUACUCCAUAUCCAACAGCUACUCGAAUAUCACGUAGAAAAGGUUGUUUGUCGAAACGAGUUUCUUUUAUCCGGGAGAUUAUCCAUGAAGUUGCUGGAUUUGCACCUUAUGAACGGCGUGUUAUUGAGUUGCUACGUAAUUCGAAGGAUAAACGUGCACGUAGACUCGCAAAAAAAAGACUUGGAACCUUAGGUCGUGCUAAGAAUAAAAUAGAAAAAUUAACGCAUUAUAUUUCAGAAUCACGAAAAAUAACAGGCCAUUAA